AUGCUCAUCUCCUUGUCUCAAUUCAGCCAACCACAAGAUCUGCUUAACCCACGAAAGACUUUCGAAUUUAGCAAUAUCCCCCGACUCCGCCGAUAUAUGGAAAACAGUCAGAGCCUUGAGACACUCGCUGCCGGAGCUAGGCGGUUUGUUGGAAAACCUUAUAGACUGUUCUGCGAGUGGGGAGAGUUGACGAUUUUGCCGCCGCAAAUGAUUGAUGAGAUCAAAAAUGAUAAACGAUUUGAUUUUGGAGCGGCUGCUAGCGAUGAUAAUCAUGCGUACAUUCCUGGGUUUACCGCUCUCCAGCACGAUGAACUCAUGCCAAAGAUCAUUUCAAGGCAUUUGACAAAGGCGUUGGCCAAGAUCACGAGUCCCCUAUCAGAAGAGGCUGCCAUUGUUAUGCGAAAUGUUAUUGGAGACUCAACCGAGUGGCACACUCUCGAUCUGAACGAGCACAUCUCAACAAUUGUUUCCCGCAUGUCCUCAAGAGUCUUCAUGGGCGAAGAACUCUGUCGAGAUGAAGGCUGGAACAACGCCUGCGCCUAUUAUACCAGAAAGACCUUUGAAGCCAUGAUGAUUCUUUGCGUCAUUCCAAGAUGGCUACGUCCUUACAUUCAUUGGAUCCUCCCUCAAUGUCGCGAAGUCCGCCGAGCAUUAAUCGCUGCCCGAAAAGAACUUGAUCCUCAUAUUGAACGUCGCCAGCGGGUGAAAGCUGAAGCACUUGCUCGAGGCGAGAAAUCUCCCUUCGAUGACGCGAUUGAGUGGUUUGACCAGGGUGGUUCAGCGCUUCCGCCUGCUGACUGCCAGAUUGCGCUGACGCUGGCUGCUAUUCAUACGACUACUGACUUACUUUCUCAAACGAUGAUUAAUAUCGCUACAUUUCCCGAAAUGUUCGAUAUUCUGCGGGAGGAGAUAGUUCGCGUGCUGUCGGUUCAAGGGCUGAAGAAGAGCGCGCUGGCUGAUCUCAAGAUUAUGGAUAGCGUUUUGAAAGAGACACAGCGAAUGAAGCCAAUUCUCAUAGGCUGGAGGAGACGAGCUUUGGAAGACGUCACGCUCUCCAAUGGAACAACUGUCAAAAAAGGUACAAAGAUCGUCGUGACAGCUACACACAUGUGGAGCGACGAAAACUAUGCCAACGCCAAAACAUUCGAUCCAUACCGAUUCCUUCCCAAGGAUUCAGGCAAGGAACAGAUGUCAUAUCUUGUAAACACAAGCCCAAAUCACCUUGGGUUCGGUCAUGGUACGCACGCAUGUCCAGGACGAUUCUUUGCUUCCAAUGAAGUUAAGAUUGCGCUUUGCCAUUUGCUUCUCAAGUAUGAUUGGAAGCUUUUGAACGGGAACAGACCUAAGCCUAUGGCUUUUGGAAUGGCGUAUAUGACGAAUCCUGACGCGAAGCUGCUCAUUCGAAGGCGGGAGGAGGAAUUGGAUUUAAGUACCUUGGAACACUGA